CCUUCCCGACGAAGCAGCAGCUGCAACGACUCGACUCCCACCCAAAUCAAACCAAAAACCAAUCCGCCGCCCUCCCAAUCCCCAGCUCCCGCCGCCCCGCACCACCGCCCGGGCCUCCACCCCCGGCGAUCGACGCCGCGGCAUCCGUGCCGGCAGCCCCGCUUCUGCACCUCCCGCCUCGAUGGGGAGCGACGCGGAGCCCGCCAAGGGGCUGCUGCCAUACCUGCAGCGCGCCGACGAGCUGCAGAAGCACGAGCCCCUCGUCGCCUACUACUGUCGGCUCUACGCGAUGGAGAAGGGGCUGAGGAUCCCGCAGAAGGAGCGCACCAAGACCACCAACUCCAUCCUCAUCUCCCUCAUGAACCAGCUCGAGAAGGACAAGAAAACCUUGACUUUGGGGCCAGACGACAACCUUCAUUUGGAGGGAUUUGCAUUAAAUGUUUUUGCUAAAGCAGAUAAACAGGACCGUGCUGGACGAGCUGACAUAAACACAGCUAAGACCUUCUAUGCUGCGAGCAUCUUCUUCGAGAUUCUUAACCAGUUUGGCGAGCUUCAACCUGAUAUUGAGCAGAAGCAGAAAUAUGCCAUCUGGAAGGCUGCUGAAAUAAGGAAAGCUCUCAAAGAAGGACGGAAGCCUGAAGCUGGCCCUCCUGGUGGGGAUAAGGAUGAAACACCUGUCAGUACCACCACAAUUUCUCAGGAUAUGGGGCGAAGCCAGUCCUUCAACAGUAUGCAGCAUGGCACUGAAGCACCAUCUCCACCUGUAGACAAGGAUUUUAGUAGGCGGGAUAGCUUUUCUGCUCUGCAGCCAGGAAAUAAUGUGCAUCGACAAAAUACAGAGUUCAAUGAUCAUCCCUCUACCCAGUCACCCUAUAACUAUUCACCCCCAGCACCCUCACAACCCCAGCAUCCUUCUCCGUCACAAUCUUAUUCCUCUCCCUCGUACCAAGCAACAGACUAUCCUUCUUCUGAUUCCCACAAACAAAACCCCAAUCAUUCAUCUCCUCCCUACACAAGCACAGACUACCCUACCAAUGAGGUCCACAAACCACCAUCCAAUUAUUCACCACCCCCUUACACCAGGACAGACUACCCUUCCAAUGAUGGCUACAAUCCUCAUAGCAAUGAUAAACCAGAUGUUUCGCCAUAUCCUCAGACAUACCAACCCCCACCCUACACAAUUGAACCUCAGCACACCUCUCAAAACUUUUACUCCACUGAAGCCCCAGCUGCUCCAUACAACUACCCUAAUUUCCAGUCAUAUCCAAGUUUCCAGGACAGCACGUCGCCUUCUGUCCCAACACAUCAAUCACCUUCAGUCCCAACACACCAAUCUUCAUUCUACAGUGCAAGUGAUGGCCCUGCAGCUACAUCAUACUCCCCUGCGUCAAAUCCCUCUGCCCCAACACAUUACCACUCUACUGCUGACUCUUCACCCCAAGUUACUCCAGCUGUGCCACCAGCUAGCCAAUAUAAGUAUGAUAGCACUUACCAGCCAGCAGUUGAGAAGAUAGCCGAGGCACACAAGGCAGCAAGAUUUGCGGUUGGUGCUCUUGCAUUCGAUGACGUUUCUGUUGCUGUGGAUCACCUGAAACGCGCGCUGGAUCUUCUCACAAACCCUUCUGCUGAAACUCAUUAGCUCUUUUGGCUUUGCCGCACAUUUCUCAAAAGCAUCUUCUGUAUAUAUACAAGAUUGGUAUACCACCACAUGGAGAUGUUACCGGGCUGCAUACAUACAAGGUACAGGGGCCGCCACACAAAAUCUAGGAGAUAAUAAGGGAGCCGUUCCGUGUGGCCUUUUGAAUCAAUGGCGCUGUUUGCAGGAAACUUUCUUGUGUAAAAUUGAAUUAUUUGUUAUCAGAGUUUUGUGACAAGGCUUUGCAACCCAUUAUAUUCAAUUUACAUAUUCUUGAGGUCU